AUACCUGUACAGAUAAUUACAUUUAAGAUAAAAUCGAAUAAGAUAAAGUCACUUAGCUCAAACAAAACCACAUAACAUAUUCUAUAUCACAUGGCUAAGUCUAAUUACAUUUAAGACAAAAUUGAAUAAAAUAAAGCCACUUAGCUCAAAGAAAACCACGUAACAUGUGUACCAGUCUUCACUUAAACAUCUGCAUAAUUAAAGUUUCCAUAUGAUGAAAGAAUUUUAUUGAAGUUGAUAGCAUAGAGUGAAAGAAACAACUCAACAACCGUCUUAACUACAACUCUACAAUGACCACAGAACAGGUCUGAGCAUUAAUUUAGACAACAUCUGGUUUCUUUAGUAUAUCAUUUAGUUUAGUCAUCAAAAUGGAAUGUCUAUCCCAAACUUACUGCAGUUAGCUCAAGAAUCACCAUGAAAUCAUCACUUCAAGUGGCCCAAGCACAAGACCCUGAAAGUCAAUCUGACAGAACUGAUCAAGUUUCAGAUAAAAGCAUAGUUAUUCCACACAAACAUGUCACAAUAGUUGAUAGCAUCAAAGGCGAACAUUCAAGGUUCAUUGCUCCUCGAAUCCCAACAGACUUUUCAAUUCAAGUUCAGGAAACUACUUAUAAUGUACACAAGUACCCCUUGAUAUCAAAAUGCGGCUACAUAGGUCGGUUGGAAGCUCAGCCUUGGAUCUCAAAUUCUGGCAAUCCGCUCAAGCUUGAAAACUUUCCAGGUGGAUCUGAAACAUUUGAAACAAUUCUAAAAUUCUGUUAUGGACUCCCUAUAGACUUCAACUCAGAUAAUGUAGCUGCACUAAGAUGUGCAUCAGAAUUCCUAGAGAUGACUGAAGAACUAGAAGAUGCCAAUCUCAUUUCCAAGACCGAAGCUUUCCUCACAUUUGUCGUGCUUUCUUCAUGGAAAGAUACUGUUACUGUUCUGAAAUCUUGUGAAAAUCUCUCUCCAUGGGCUGAAAACCUCCAAAUUGUUAGAAGAUGCUGCGAUUCUAUAGCUUGGAAGGCUUCUAAACAUGAGGACACAAGUGAGGACGCAGCAACUAACCAAGAAAGCUGGUGGUUCAACGAUGUGGCUGCCCUCCGCAUCGAUCAUUUUAUGCGGAUAAUUUCAGCAAUAACAGCAAAGGGAACCAAGCCAGAGAUCAUUGGUAAAUGUAUAAUGCAAUAUGCCAAUAAAUGGAUACCAGGAAUGUAUGAGGAGUUGGAAGGGCUAAGAGGAUAUGGGCAUGGAAAAAGUCAUUUACAUUUCAGUAUAUUUAGUAGGAAGAAACAAGAGAGCACUGGACAUAGCAAGGAGCAAACGACUGUUAUCGAAAGCCUAAUAAGCAUAAUUCCUCCUCAACAAGAAGCUGUCCCAUGUAAGUUCUUGUUGCAGAUGUUAAAGAUGGCAAUGAUGUAUUCUGUAUCACCAGCUCUAAUUUCAGACCUUGAAAAGAAAGUUGGUAUGGUGUUGGAAGAUGCUGAGGUGAAUGAUCUUUUCAUUCCCAGAUAUCAAAUUGGAGAUCAAGGAAAAAUGGUCAACAUGCCUAAUUCACCUGAAGACUGCACUAUGCAAGACAUAGAUGUAGUGCAACGUAUUGUUGAAUACUUCUUGAUGCAUGAACAACAGCAAAUGCAAAUGCAACAGAAAUCCAGGAAAUUCAAUAUUAGUAGGCUCUUGGACAGUUACAUAGCUGAAGUUGCAACAGAUCCAAAUCUUUCAAUUGCAAAGUUCCAAGUCUUAGCUGAAUUGCUACCGGAACAUACUCGAUCAUUUCAUGAUGGUCUUUAUAGAGCCAUUGACACCUACCUAAAGAUCCAUCCUUCACUGACUGACCAUGACCGUAGAAGACUCUGCAAAAUAAUGAACUGUGAAAAACUUUCACUUGAUGCAUGCAUACAUGCUGCACAGAAUGAUAGAUUGCCUCUAAGAACUAUUGUCCAGGUUCUAUUUGCAGAGCAAGUAAAGAUGAGGGCAGCAAUGCAAGAGAAGGAACCAGCACAAAGUGGAAUCAACUCUGAACACGAUGCAAACCAGACAUCUGCAACUAUGGACGUUAAAACACUCAAAGAAGAACUCGAUGAUGUAAAGUCAAAGAUGGUAGAACUGCACAGCGACUACUUUGAAUUGCAACAAGAGUAUAAAAAGUUAAGCAGCAACAACAACAAGUCAAAGAAUACAUCAGUCUGGGGUUUAAAUUGGCGGAAGAUUAAGAACAGCUUUCAUGUAAAACCAGCUGGAAAUGAAACUAGAGAUGGACAAGAUAUACCCAUGUCCCCGGACAGCACACGACGUAGAUCAACCACAAGAAGAAGGGUCUCCAUGUCUUAAAAGUAUUUCUUCAAUAUAAAAAAUCAUGUUGCAAAAGACAUCUAUACAGCCAUUUUUUAUAUGAAGCAUAUAGUCUUAAUUUUAUA